UCCGUCGCAUCCAUUUCUGCGCGUCCAAGAAAGAGGCAAGAAGCAGCGCGAGCCGCGACGCAGCAGGCCGCGCGGCAGGGCCGGACAGCCGGGGACGGUCUGCGGGCAGAGCCGGGAUGGAGCUCCGCCCGGAGCCGCCGCUCGCCGCGGCUUAGAGCCGGGAGAGGCGACAUGACUGCGGCAUAGAGGAAGACGCCGCUCCGCCUGUUUGUACCGCCGCGCAGCAGCAGGAUGGACGGAUAGACGGACAGCAGCUCGGGGUCAGGAUGUCGGGGCCCCCAGGGCCCCCCGUGUCCCCGGGGGCCGGCGGGGCGGAGCUGCCGGACCUGAGCCACCUGACGGAGGAGGAGCGCAGCAUCAUCCUGUCGGUUAUGGAGCGGCAGCGGCAGGAGGAGGAGAAGGAGCAGAGCAUGCUGAAGGAGGAAGCCAAGCCGCCCGCCUCGUGGAAUCCGUUCAGUGGUAUCACUGAUUUGGUCUCUAAUGUGACCAGUAACGUUUCCAGCACUCUGCAACCGCCGCCCAGUAAACCCCCCGCUGAGCAGGGGGCCAACACGAAGUUGCACCAGCAGUUUGAGCUGUAUAAGGACCAGGUGAGGAGGAUCGGGGAGGAGGCGCCGGCUGGCCCCGUCACCCGCGGCGAUUCGCCAACCUGCGGCGUCUGCCGAAAAACCAAGUUUGCCGACGGCUGCGGCCGCGCCUGCUGCUACUGCCAGACCAGGUUCUGCGCCCGCUGUGGGGGGCGGGUGGCGCUACGCUCCAACAAGGUGAUGUGGGUGUGUAACGUGUGCAGGAGGAAGCAGGAGAUGCUCACCAGGUCGGGGGCGUGGUUUGACCCCGAUGCCAACGUGCCCCUCCCUCCCGCCAGCGAGGGCUCCUGCGGGGUUUCCCACCCUGGUCCACAGGGGCCGGGGGCCCCGGGGCCUCUGAAGAACGGAGCCGCCAUGCGGAGGCGGAGCUUGUCGGGGUCGUACUGCGAUGGCGGCGGCAGGAUGCCUCACUCCCCCUCCGACCACGGCCCGGACCCCCGCGCCCGCUCGCCUCGUGGUUCCCAUGGUUACGAGGAGGAGGGCCGGGGCAGGAGGAGCUCCAGCAGGGACGGGCGGGGCCGCUGGCCCUCUCAGGACUAUCCUCUGGACCAGGCGCAGGACGAGCGGGAGCUGCGGCGCCGGCAGGAGGAGGAGUACCAGGCCCGUUACCGUAGCGACCCCAACCUGGCCCGCUACCCGGUGAAGCCGCAGCCGAGCGAGGAGGCCAUGCGGGUGCUGGCGCAGGUCGGCCGCAUGCGCCACCAGCGCCGCCACAGCGACGUUUCCCUGGCAACCACCGAGCUCGCUCUCCGUCAGCAUCGGGCAUCAGGAUCGGCUGGAGGCGGAGGUCAGAGGUCGUACUCGGUAGAGCGGGCCAAUCAGGCGAGCCCCACCUCUCCGCGUCGCAGCCCCGUACCCCAGCAGCACCUGGACCCGAGCUCCGCCCUGCGGAGGAAGAUGACCAAUGAGAGGGGCCAGAGGAUGGGGAGGCUGCACGUGAUUGGCAGCUUCAGCAGCUCAGAGGAGGAGCUGGCGACCACGCCCGAAUACACCAGCUGUGACGAACAGGACCGAGACAUGGAUGGCCACUGGUGGGAUCAUGGUUCCUGGCACGGCGACACGGCGGCCAUGUCAAUGCAGCCAGUCACAUGGCAGCAGUCCAAGGAUGGGGAGCGUCUGAUUGGUCGGAUCCUGCUGAACAAGAGGAUGAAGGACGGGACGGUUCCCGCGGAUACGGGGGCGCUGCUGGGGCUCAAGGUGGUGGGGGGGAAGAUGACGGAGUCGGGCCGUCUCUGUGCCUUCAUCACUAAGGUGAAGAGAGGAAGUCUGGCCGACACUGUGGGACACCUGAGACCAGGUGAUCAGGUUCUGGAGUGGAACGGUCGGGUUCUUCAGGGCGCGACCUUUAAGGAAGUCUACAACAUCAUCCUGGAGUCCAAACCGGAGCCGCAGGUGGAGCUGGUGGUGUCCCGGCCCAUAGGGGCCGACGGCUCCCACCUGCAGCUGGAGUCCAGUUCCAGUUCCUUCGAGUCUCAGAAGGUCGGGCCCUCCAUCUCCGUCACGUCUCCCAUGAGCCCCGGCGUUCUGCGCGACGCGCCGCAGUUCCUGUCGGGUCAAGUCUCUAGUCCAUGUGUGUCUAGACGGACUCCUCUUGUUCCCAGAAUUCAGGUGAAGCUCUGGUAUGAUAAGGUCGGUCACCAGCUGAUCGUCACGGUUCUUGGAGCGAAGGAACUUCCUGCCCGGGAGGACGGUCGGCCACGGAACCCGUACGUCAAGAUCUACUUCCUGCCUGACCGCAGUGACAAGAGCAAGCGCAGGACGAAGACGGUGAAGAAGACGGUGGAGCCGCGGUGGAACCAGACCUUCAUGUACUCUCCGCUGCAUCGCCGCGAGUUCAGGGAGCGUCUGCUGGAGCUCACGCUGUGGGACCAGGCCUGCAGCCGGGACGCCGAGAGCCAGUUCCUGGGAGAGGUCCUGAUCGAGCUAGAAAGCGCCCUAUUGGACGAUCAGCCUCACUGGUACAAGCUGCAGAUGCACGACGGAUCCUCGCUGCCGCUGCCCAGCAGCUCCCCCUACCUGCAGAGACGAGUAGUGCAGCCCGAACACAGACGCCUGCAGAACAAAGGCCCUUUCUAUAACUCAGGGUCUCAGAGGAUCAGCGACGGCGAGUUCUCAGACUGUGAGGACGGCGUCGGCGUCGUGUCAGACUACAGACAGAAUGGGCGGGACUUCCACAGCUCCACCCUCUCAGUGCCAGAACAGGUGAUGUCGUCCAAUCACUGCUCUCGCUCAGACAUCGUCAGGACGAGGUCGCGGUCGCCAAGCCAACCGCCUCCACACAGCGGCCUGAUGUUCCCUCUGUACCGGGACGAGGCCGUGCGGCUGCUGCGCGGCUCCAGGCUCAGCAGGACGCUCUCUGACAGCCAGGCCUGCAGCCUGGACAGAAGACAAAUGAGGAGAAUGUCUGGAGUCCAGUCCCUCGACUCCCACGACAGGUACAGAUAUAGUCCUAACCAUGCUCCCUGGCCAAACCACAUGGUGAAUGGGAGCUGUGAGGACUACAGUCAGGACUUCAUCCCUGACUUCCCGUACGACCCCGACGCCUUUGACGAGGAGCUGCUGAGGUCGACGCCCCGGGGGGGAUCGACGCAGACGAGUCCGCUGGGAACUCCGGUCUGCGGCCGGCGAGGACGCCACCUCCCCGCCAUCCCGCCCAAAGGAGCACUAGACAGAAACGGAGGGGAGAUAUCUGAGCCCUGUCAAGGAACACCAGUAAUGCCCCAGAUUUUGCUGCCUGUCCACCAACAGGCCACUCCGUCUGUCUCCCAACAGGCACCUCCCCCUGUCAAUCAUCAACCACCUCCCAUCAUACGAAUCCAAGCCCCUCCUCCUGCAUCUCCCCAUCCCCAGCCAGCUCCUCCUGCUCCAGCUCCCGCCGCAGCCCCUCCCCCAGCUCGUUUACCUGCCGCAGCCCCUCCCCCAGUUCGUUUACCUGCCACAGCCCCUCCCCCAGCUCGUUUACCUGGCCCAGCCCCUCCCUCAGCGCGUUUACCUGGCCCAGCCCCUUCCCCAGUCCGCUUACCUGGCCCAUCUUCUGCUACUGGCCCUCCUAUGGCUCGUGGCCCAGCCCCACCCCAAGCCCCUGCACCAGCCCCAGCCCCUGCCCCGCCCCCAGCUCCUGCACCUGCCCCGGCUGCUGCACCUGCACCUGCUCCAGCUCCGCCCCCAGCUCCUGCACCUGCACCUGCCCCAGCCCCGCCCCCACCGGCAGCUCCAGCUCCUGCACCCGCCCCAGUUCAACCACAGCCACUCCCUAAAGUCACCCUUCCCCCUGUAUGUGCCCCAGCACCUACCCCUACCCCCUCACCUGCCCCCUCACCUGCCCCCUCUCCUGCCCCUCCACCACAGACUCCAGACCCAGAGAGGCGCUCAGCCACGCCUGGUGGGACCAGGAAAGAGGUCACAUGGCAGGACCAGCAGACGAAAACAGCCAAUGGUAAUGUGCCAGGAGUGGCAGCACCUCAGACCAAAGAAGAAGGUGGGAUGAAGGACCUGUCCAAGAUGAAGGACAGCUCCUCGUUCAGAUCGUCAGACAGCGACAUCAGCGACGUGUCGGCCAUGUCGGCCGCCUCUGACGCCCGGCCCGCCCGCCGGAUCAGUCGGGUGGAGGCCCUGGACAGCCAAUCAAUGGAGGUGUUGGGGGCGGGGUCAGAGGGCACACAGGAAGUAGCGAAGGCAGCAGGGGGGGGAGCUGCACUGAAGAAGAGUGAAUCAGUUGAGGGCGAGGAAGUGGAGGAGGAGGAGGAGCCUCAGCCUCCAAAGGCGGCGGCGGCGGCUGCCGGAGGGCCCAUGGGCAAGUCGUCGAGCGUCGGGGGGGAGAUCUGCUCUCUGGGCCGGAACGACGACGACGACGACGACAAGAAGCGGCGCUCGAGCUUCGGGGCCAAGAUGAUGGGCAUGGUGGGUCUGGGCAAGAAGAGCCAGAGCACGUCGCAGCUCAACCCCGAGGAGGAGGAGAAGAAGAAGAAGGUGGUGCGACUUCCUGUCCAGAGGAGCGUGGAGACCGGCCUCGCCGUCGAGUUCAAAGCUCGUUUCACCCGCCAGCCGAGCCGCGACCUCGACGCCGAGGAGCCCAAGCCCGGAGCGCUCAUCUUUCCCGGGGUGAAGCUGGCGUCCGACAGACAGUUCACCGGCUUCCUGGAGGGAUUAGGCCCCGCCCAGCUGGCCGGUCGGCAGACUCUGGCCACGCCUCCUAUGGGUGACAUCCAGAUCGGCAUGGUGUACAGGAAGGAGCGGCUCGACGUGGAGGUGAUCCGAGCCCGGGGGCUUGUGGGUAAACAAGGCAACAAGAACACUCCAGCUGCCUAUGUGAAGGUGUACCUCAUGGACAAUGGGAAGUGUGUCCUGAAGAGACGGACGCGUCUGGCCAGGAAAACUCUGGACCCCCUUUACCAGCAGCAGCUGCAGUUUGAGGAGAACCCAGAGGGCAAAGUGCUGCAGAUCAUCGUGUGGGGUGAUUACGGUCGGAUGGACCAUAAAUCCUUCAUGGGCUCUGCUCAGAUCCUAUUGGACGACCUGGACUUGUCCAACAUGGUGAUUGGAUGGUUCAAACUGUUUCCUGCCACCUCAUUGGUGGACCCUGCCUUGGCCCCGCUGACCAAUAAGGAGACAGAGGGCAAGCUGUAGCACCGCCGCCCAGCGGAGGGGACGGGGACGCGUCGUCAUAGCGACCGGCCAGGAGGUUUCUAGAGGGGUGUGUUGCCAUAGCAACCAGCGGGAGGCACAUUCAUGUGGAUCAUGUCCCAUGAUCCUCCUUUCAGGAUGACAUCGCGACAAUGAUGUCACAGUGAUGUCACCGAGUGCUCCCAGGAAGGAGGCGGGGUUUUCUGGCAAGGUCCCGCCCACUGGCGCACACACAGGAGACGGCCUUCCCACCGAGGGCGGGCCCACCUGGCAAAGGAUGCUGGGAAAGGGAGGACUGGCCACAGCAGGAGAAGAAGAAGAGGCGGUGCUCCGGCGGCAGGCCGCGGCGAGGCCAGGAGGAACAGAAGAAGAAGAGUGAGACCUCCAGAGAGCUGAACUCUUUAUCCAUUUAUUUAUUAUUUUUACAUUUUAAUUUCUUCUGGGCGGAGUCUCACCCAGCCAGCCGGCCAAUCAGAUCACCUCCUCAGAAAACUGGAAACCAUAGCAACAACUGAUUUCAACUCUUGCCUGCUGGUUUCCAUGGAGAUGCACAACAGAACGGAGCGAUGGAUGUUGGUUUGUUUCCUUUUUGCACGAACAGACAAAAGAAAAUAAAGAUGAAAAAAUGUUUUCUAACAAUAAAAAUCAGCUGUGCAUGUCAGCUGCCAGAGCCAGGUUACCAUGACGACAGCGGGCUGCGGCCAGACAGGAAGUGGUUCAGUCCCUGACGCUGCGCUCCAGACACUCCACCAGGGGGCAGUGUCAAAUCAACACAAAUGCUCCAGUGUGUGUGUGUGUGUGUGUGUGUGUGUGUGCGUGUGUGUGUGUGUGUGUGUGUUUGGCUCCCUGUGGGAUGUCCCAUCAGGAGGGGCGUUCGAGCACACUUCCCAGGUAG